GAAAAGAUGAGCGCUUUGAUUGAUAUUUUACCAGACAGUAUACUACUUGAAAUUUUCUCGUCUUUGUCGCAAAAGAAACUUUGCCAUGUUGCCUUGGUUUGUAAGCACUGGCGAUGUCUGGCUUAUGAUGGGUCACUUUGGCGAUCAGUUAAAAUACAUCGACUUAAACCUUACCAUUUAAAUAGUCUUACAGAACGACGUCUUGGCCGACAACUGAAGCAAGUGGUGUUGUGGAGGUGCAGUAUUAGUAAUGAAAAUCUGUUUUACUUUGCCAAGGCGUGCCCACACCUGCAAGAAAUAAUAUUGAGAAAAAACACUUUGAAACUACAAAGAAGAAAUGACUUAGGAAAGCUAUGUUUUCCUGAACUUCGAGUGCUCGAUGCUCGCGAUCUUCAAGGUUACGUUUCUCAUGUUCUGGAAAUGAUUGCUGGUGCUCCAAAACUAGAAAAGUUAGCUAUAGAUGGAAGCAUGGAUGGAUUUUUUGAUUACAAUGUUUUUAGAAGUACUCCAGAACUAAGAACACUUGACUGCUCCAGGUGUAUGGACGUACUGGACGAGGGUGUGGCUUUUCUAGCACAGGAAUGCCCCAAAUUAGAAUCACUGUCACUAAUGAGAUGCUACAUGAUCGAAGGGAUGACUUUACCACUAUUAUUCCAAAGAUGUCGAGCUAUUAAAUCCUUAUCUCUGGCUUAUACACAUGUCACGGACAAUGUGCUAAUGAGUUGUGACUUUGACAAAUGCUGUUUGGAAGAACUUGACAUCUCGCACUGCCCUGGUGUUAGUAGUAGAUCCAUUUCAUAUAUCACAUCAAAAUUACGUAAUAUUACAUACCUCAAUAUCAAUAGCUGUAACUAUGGACCACAUGGCAUCCAUCGAGACAUACUAAGAAAUAUAGCUUGUAACAAGACACUCAAGGUACUCAACAUCGAUGCUGUUGACGGGCAAGAUGGCGCGGAUCGAGAUUUCGUUAAGAUUUCUCAGCACUGUAAAAGUCUAGAAGUAUUACGAGUUAACAAGGCGUUUGCAACGUUAGCCGGUUUGCAACAGUGUCUCAGAAACCUUCCGUUCUUGAAGAGAUUUGGGAUUGUGAAUUAUCGUCGCGACCAUCUCGAUACAGGCUUAGAAGUUCAAUACGUACUCCAAGCUUUAGCGACAUUUUCACCUAAGCUUGAGAUUCUUGAACUUAGCGACUUCCUAGAUAAAGAAACCAGUGAAAAAAUAGAGGCUUUCUAUAGGCUCAUGAUACGAUGCGCUGGUUUGAGAAAGAUAUCCAUAUUCACGCUAAAUCGAGACAUUUUUGUCAUGGCAGCACAAGCGCGCAUGCGUGCUAUUAGAAGUGACAUACGAUUGGUUCAGCCAACUAUGAUUUGCCCGACACCACGUGUUGUCACAACCCUUCCACAUAGAUCGUUCGACCAGGUAGUUUAUAGUGAUACGGAUAAAAGGAUUCAAGACGAUGAUGACCCUUGGAUAGCAAGAAAAUAUUAUUAAACUUUUAGUAAAUCUAUUAUUUUCUAAAUAAAUCUAUGUUUAACUGUA